AUGGCGCAGCCUACGCAAGUCGCAUACCGCACCUCGAAGCACAUUGGUAUUCUCGAUGCUGCGCCCGUUUACGAGCAGCUUCCGGGCUUCCAGCGGCCUGAAGGCAACCUGCGUUGCUGCGUGUACUCCUCCGAUGGUCGCUUCUUCGCAUGGGCCUCGCCCGAGAACGUGACUGUGGUCGAUGCCUCUGUCGGCCACGUGGUCACGACAUUGCCAGCUGAAAAUGUGUACGAGCUGGGUUUCUCGCCUGCGGGAACGUUCAUCAUAACAUGGCAGCGGCCAUCCAAAGAUGAGGAGGGCAAUGCCACCAAGAACCUCAAGGUCUGGCGCACCAUCGACGACAACGCCGGCGAGGACGGUGAGAGAGCUGUGGUUGGAAAGUUCGUGCAGAAGAGCCAGACUGGCUGGAAUCUGCAAUACACCACAGACGAGCAGUACUGUGCUCGCUGUGUCACCAACGAAGUCCAGUUCUACGAAAGCAAGGAUCUGGGCACAGUCUGGAACAAGCUCCGUGUUGAGGGUGUGACCGACUUUGCACUUUCUCGAGGCAAGACACAUUCAGUUGCUGUUUUUGUGCCAGAGCGCAAAGGUCAACCUGCCGCUGUCAAGGUGUUUAAGGUGCCCCAAUUCGACUCGGCAGUCUCUCAAAAGACUUUUUUCAAGGGCGACAAGGUGCAGCUCAAGUGGAACGAAGAAGGCACAAGCGUGAUUGUUCUGGCACAGACCGAAGUCGACAAGAGCAACAAGAGCUAUUACGGCGAGACUAACAUGUACAUCUUGAGUGCCAACGGUGGCUUCGAUUCUCGCAUCCAGCUGGACAAAGAGGGUCCCAUUCACGACGUGACUUGGUCGCCCAACUCGAAGGAGUUUGGUGUCGUGUACGGCUACAUGCCUGCGAAGACGACGAUCUUCAACCAAAGAGCUAUCGCCCAGCACAGCUUCAGCCUGGGCCCGAGGAAUACCAUUUUGUUCUCCCCACAUGGUCGUUUUGUCUUGGUGGCUGGCUUUGGAAACUUGGCAGGCCAGAUGGACAUCUACGAUUUGGAGAAGAACUACGAAAAGGUGUGCACGAUCGAGGCAAGCAAUGCAUCGAUCUGCGAGUGGAGCCCCGACGGCAAGCAUAUUCUUACCGCUACUACAAGCCCUCGCUUGCGUGUGGACAACGGUAUUCGUAUCUGGCAUGUUGGAGGAGGGUUGAUGUACAACGAGGAGAUGCACGAGUUGUAUCAUGUCAUCUGGCGGCCUCAGUCGGCCACGCAACACCCCGUGGAGGAUCCCUUGCACCCUGUGCCAACGCCGCACGCCUCUGCUUUGGAUUAUCUCAGCAAACGCAAGACUCCCUCGAAGCCUGCAGGCGCCUACCGACCACCUGGCGCACGUGGUGCUGCCACACCACUCUCGUUCAAGCGCGAAGAUGAGGGAGGCGCUGCCUUUGUGAGAGAGCUGAUGUCCGGCAAGGAACCCGAGACUAACGGUUUCGCUCAUCGUCCCAAGCGACGUGAAGUCCCUGGCGCUGAAGCUGUCGACCCAAAGCUGCCGCCAGGUGCUGCGCCUGGCGGAGGUGUUAGUCUCACUGCUGAUGGCGACGAAGGUCUUAGCAAAGCUGCGUUGAAGAACAAGAAGAAGCGUGAAGCAAAGAAGGCCAAAGAUGCCGAGGCGAAGGCAGCUGGUCUGACAGCACCCAACGGCGAUGCCAAUCCGGAGAAGAGCCCCGAGCGCAAGGAUCGACCUCGUAGCCGCUCCAACACCAACAAGGGCGGCAAUCAAGGUUCACGUCCGCAGUCCAGGAGACGUGAGGGUAGUCGUCAGCGCGGUCCGCCAUUGAACACGCAGCUUAAGCAGCAACCCGCGAACGGCACCCCUACCGGGCCUGCUGGAGGCGCAGCGAACCAAACCGCCCCGGACUUGACAGUCACUUCGCCAGGAGCAGGAUCGCCGCAUGAGAAGAAGAUUAGGUCUCUCCUGAAGAAGCUGCGGGCGAUUGAUGACUUGAAGAUGCGACAGGCUGGUGGUGAGAAGCUGGAGGGAACUCAAGUCCUUAAGAUCGGCACCGAGGAGGGCGUGCGAAAGGAGCUGAACGCGCUCGGCUACACUGGCGAUUGA